AUGGCAAUAACUAGCCUCUUCCGAGCAACAUCUCCGCCUGAGAAUGCGCCGACAUACUUUGGUAUCAGGCUUGACAGUGAUAUAAUAUGGCUUCCUGGGGACUCACCAUCAACGGGAUACUGCCAUGUUACAGGAAAGGUCGUGUUAUGCCUCAACCAACCACUCUGUGUCAAGGAUAUCAAGCUGCACUUUGAAGGGCGGCAUUACAUGAACUGGCAGAGCUUUCUGGAAUCCCAGGAAGCUCACCAUUAUAUGCCGUCCUUGGAGCGGCUAUUCAUGUAUCAAACCUGGAACUUCUUACCUUAUCCCGGGACUCCAUCACCAACUACUCUACCAGCUGGAAACCACGAGUUCCCAUUCACCUUUUGCCUAUCCAACAGCACACCAGGCACUAUUGAGGGCCUCGGCGACUUCGGCGGACGUCGUAUCCAUGCUAACACCCGGGUCAGGGUACGUCCAAUGUACAGAUCACUAUUGCUACCCGAGCCGAAGAUAAUGCAAGAAACAUGGCCGCAGAAGAUACUCUAUCGUGUUUCAUUACCAUCUCAGGCCUAUACCUUCGGGAGUGUUGUCCCCAUAAAGUUUGAAUUUAUUCCUUUAUGCAAAAGGCUCGAGGUAGCUACCAUCCACACUAAGGUUGAAGAGACACACAGAGCCUUACAACAGUCUGUAUCCAACCGCAGGUCCCGUAUACUAGUCAAGGACGACUAUUACCCCAGAGGUUGGGAUGAAGACGAAUACAGAAUAACAUCAGAUAAUGAAGAAUGCUGGUAUUCUACAACCCGCUUGCUUCACCUGCCAAAUGAUCCAAAAGAAUGUCUACAGAGCCUCUCUACUAAUUUUCUUCGUGUGGAACAUACGCUCACCAUCCAAAUCAAACUCUUAAAUCCCGAUGGUCACCACUCCGCAGUCCUUUUAGAUAUGCCCAUCUCGGUUCAAUAUGCCUUGCCACCUUUGCUAGAGGGCCCCUUUGUUUGCUCCGUGCUUCAAUCCCUGAGAUUGAUGGAUGAGACGUGUGACCAGCCACUGCCAAGCUACAAUAACCACGUUAUGGACCGAACUCCGAUGAAAUUGCUUCUCCCAGAGCCUCCAAGUUAUUGCCAGUUGGACAGUUUUUAA